AUGAUAUCCGUGAAAGAAAAUACAAGGUCUGCUUUUGUUCUAAAAAUAUCUACUAAACACUCCUUCACCGGCUUUAAUGCAACACAAUCAACAAGGCUUAUCUCCACAAAGACAAAGCCAACGCUUGCACUAUAUUCUUCAGUCUUCAACAAAGCCAGAUCAAUCAUGGAAGCUGUUUCAAUUCUUGUGGUUUUUCACUUAUCCAUUUUACUAAUUCACGCUCUUCCUGUAGAACAGAACACCAGGAAAGGCCAUGAAAAUGUGGAGGAAUCAGCUAUCAACCAGCCAAAAAAAAUUCCUGAUCUCCAUUCAGCAGAAGCACAAGAAAACUGCUCUGUGGACAGUGAAUCUGUGUGCAAUACAAAAUCACUUUCUGCACAAGGAACAGCAGCAAAACUAUUACAGUCAUCAAAUGAAGGUGAUAAGGUUGCCAUGAACAUAUCCUCCCCUAACGAGGUACAAAGAGAAUCUCCAUUUGCUAACAGAAGUCAAGAAUUGUACACAAUCUCUAAUCAGAAAAAUCCACAUGCUUUUAAAGAUCCGGUGUGUAGGCUGCAAAGAGAUGAAGAAAACUUUAAUUAUUUUGAAGUGUUUGGUGCCAUUACUGGAUAUGAACAUAGGUUUAUUGAAGAUGUGGUUUUAUACAGUGACAAUCAUAUGGCUAAGUUUGGAAUUUGUUCUGGUUCACAAAAAAGGCAUACAGCAUUUCUCUUUCUUCGAAGCCUGGCACUUCAUAUAAAAGCUGAUGCAGAAAUGGUGAGAUUAAUGGCGCUACACCUUUCUGAAGUGAACUGGAAAGAGUACAACCUACAACUACAAUUUAAGGCAACGUAUGAAAGGGAUUUACAUCGGCUGGUAGAUGACUCAGAGAUGUCUUUGUUGGUGUUUUACCUUGGACGAAGCCAAGACUAUUUCUUUGGAAGCGAAAGAGGAUUCAGAUUUAAUGAAAUUCAAUUGGAGGAGUAUCAGGCUGUUUGCUUUAAUGAAGAGACAAAGUAUGUUAUUCUGAGUAUUCAAGGAAUCCCUGGAAAGUGUGCAGAUGGGCAAUUGUGCAUUGAUGUAUCUUUAAAAAUCAGGCAUCUUUCCAAUGGUGUUCGAAUGAAGAAAGACGAGAUCCAGCGGUUGCUGUUUGGCUUUGAUGAAAAACGCUUCACCAGGAUGACUCCAGCCUUGUUCUUUCGCAUCAAAGAGUUGAAGAACAAACUAAUGCAGCCAUCCUGCAGCAACAUACAGGACUCACUGCCUCCACCUCCUAUACACAAAGAGGCUGCUAAAGCAGUUAAAAGGAGAGAAAGUGAUUAUUUGGAAACAUUGGAUUCUUCCGUUAACAUACCAUCCUCAAUGCAUGGGUCUCCACGUGAAUUUCUACGACAUCUCAGUAGAUUUUUGAAUAUGGUAUUAGGUUACUCCACUGACCACAAUUCCAGACCUGUGCUUCAUCUUGACAAGCAAACCAUUGAGAGUCUUCCACACCAAUCGAUGAAUAUAUCAAAUGCCUAUGUCUUAGAGCUGUUGGUGCAGUCAGAUGAGCCCUUGAUAUUUUUACUGCCAGAGAAUGCAGCAAACUUUUUGACACAAAUAAGAGAAAAUGAAAAUGCUGGACAAACCGAGGAAAAGAUGCAGCAAGUUCUCAUCACUAAACUUCAGAACACAAUCAGAAGAGUUUUGGAAAUUCCCAUUUUCCAGGAUGAGAAGGUUUUGAAACAGCUCAUUCACCUACUGAAUGAGUGUAAUUAUCCCUUACCCCUGCCUCAGUUCCCUCAGGUCAGUAUCUCACCACAGGACAGCCUGAAGAAACAAAACCACACACAAAAGACAUAUUAUACAUUUUUGUUGCUGAAGACAUUGCAAACGGUUAAGACAUUUUGGGAUAAGAGACAAAAGCUCUUUAGGCAAAACAGAAGUGCAACCAACCGGUCAAUCUGCAAAUUGGAGGAGCUCAGCAUUGACUUUGAUCGUUUGUCUUACGAUUGGAUUUUGGUUCCGAAAUUGUACAAUAUAUACAAUUGUGUUGGAUCUUGCAGAAUUCCAUUAAUGGGAAAUGUAUCUAAUCAUGUUGUCUUACUUAUUAAAAUGCAGGAGCAGGGUCUUCCCACAAAACGAGAGCCAUGUUGUGUCCCAGUUGAGUAUUCUGAGCUGCUCUUGGCUGUUGUCAGUGAACAAAGCAGCAUGAUUACUGUGUAUAAGAACAUGGUGGCAGAAGAAUGUAAGUGUAGAUGACCCAGGCAUUUUGGCACACUUUAUAAUAUUGACUGAAAAUACUAACUUGCUCAUGAACAGCUUUGGUGGCACGUUCUCUCAACCAAGAUGAGUAUUUUCUUACAGUUCUCCAUAUAUUAAUUCGGGAACCUAGAUGAUGUUUUCAGUCAAUCAAGUUAGGAUCAUGAUUUGCUAAUCAGUUUCCAGAAUAGAUCAGAAACGAAAAAUGUAAACAUUUCACAUCCCCACUCCCCAACUGCUGACACUAAUUUUGAAAUUAAAUUCACUGCCUUUCAUUUAACUUUUAUAAUACUUAAAAUUUUCCUUAGAAACAACUUGCUUUAGGUGAAAAAAAACAGUGGAGAUGAAAUAAGAUAUUCAUAAUCACGUUAACAGAAUGCUAAUUUGAAUUUCUUAAAGUUGACCCCAAGCCAAUGGGAAUCAAUCUCUCCAUUCCUGUUUGCACAAAGAUAGAAAAAUAAAUUGAUAGUAGCAGCUGGAAACUCUCAAUUCUCCAGCACAUUAAUGAAGACCUGAGUGUAUGCAUAUUUAAGUAUCCUUAUACAAAAGCUCCUUCAUACACAAAAGCUCUUUCAAGAAUUUCCCCCUCUAACAUAAUGGAUUGAAUUUGAUUGCUGAGUUGGAUAGCUCGAGUUGGGAAAUUUUCUGAUUUGCAAGAUGGGCCUAAUUAAAAGAGCAUCCCAUGCGCACAAUUUUCGUUUGGGUGGUAGGAGUUUUGGUGGUUGUGGGGAUGGUCCACUUGAGAUUGAAUUGUGCCCAGCAACACUGGAAGCAGAUGAUAUGUGGCUGUGGGGCUAUUGAGCGCUGAGGGAGACUGUACAGAAGGCACGCUUCAAUUCUUCUGGAUUUUGUUCCAGUUAUUUUAGAAAUUGUUUGCCCUUUCAUCCCUCAGCUUAUUUACCUCUUGACUCCCUUAAUUCACCCUCCAUGGCCUCUCAUACAGCCAUGCCAACUCGUGCCCUCAUUCAAUUGAAGUCACUUCCAGGGCCACUUAACCAGUAUCCACCAUGAGCAGAUUUCAGAAAAAAAAUCUUUUUUUUUAACAAUUCAAUAUGUAUUAAUCACUUCUGAAUACAACCAACUUCUAUCCAAUAGUUACUCUUUGGAGGGUUGGUGUGGACUUGUUGGGCCGAAGGGCCUGUUUCCACACUGUAGGGAAUCUAAUCUAAUCUAAUCUAAUCUAAUCAAUAGCCUUAUCUAGGAUUUUUAAUAAAAUCCUUAAACUGUCACUAAAACUCUGAGCUCAGAAUUCCAGCCUUUGGGACUCCAUCAAGCAUUUAUAAUGUCAAUUGAAGCAGUUGAGUUCAAUUUUGUUUGAAUGCUCAUGGACAGCUGGAGCCUAUUUUUAAUGUUUAAUAAGCAGGGCAUUUCAAAACCAGAAUAUCAUGAUAUUUGUAUCAACCUUACUCAUGUUUAAAAUGUGUUUAUGUUGACUCUACCAAUUCAUGACUCCUGCACUUUGGCAUAAAGCUCUUGACCAGCAAAAAUUGGAUUUGUGCGAAUGCAGCACUAAGUUUGGAUUCCCUGGGCAAAUCAUGUC